UGUCCGCGUUCAUUUAAAACGGCGAAGUGAAGUGUGCCCGAUCGCUUUUCACUGCUUACUUCUGUCCGUUUGUAUGUUGGGCGACACGAACAGCCGAUUUCAGAGGCAGAGGCAUCUGUUAAAAGAAAGAAGCGCACAUCAGGACAGAAAACUUGAUUAUUUGUUAUUAACAGAAAUAAUGCUGAUAUUGGGAACUCAUGUCGCACGUCUAUGAAGAGAGACCCACAAUGAUAGCCGCAGGCGAGUUGCAGUCGUUUGUCCCGUUCGGUCGUGAGCACUGCAAAAAUCACCCGAAUGCUGUGAACCUCCAGCUGCGGCAGUUGCAGCCGGCGUCUGAGCUCUGGUCCUCUGAUGGGGCCGCUGGACUCGUGGGGUCCCUUCAGGAGGUCACUUUACAGGAGAGAGAGAAGGAGCGCUGGCAGCUGAGGAAGGGAAUGGCUGCUGAUGGGGUUCAUUAUGAGGAGGAGCUGUAUGUGGUCGGAAACAUGGUCAUAUGGAGCCAUGGUAGUAAAAAUCAAGCCUCUUGUGUUUACAAGGCUUUCACUGUGGACAGCCCUGUUCAGCAGGCUCUGUGGUGUAAUUUUACUGUCCCUCAGCCUAAAACGGAUGCGAAAGAUGUGGUGGAGCAGACAGUGUGUAUCGUCCAGAGCACCUGUGUGAACGUUCACAGCACGAGUGGAAAAGACUUCAUAUCUCCACUCCCCUUCCAGGUCUCUACUCUUUGGUCGACAAAGUUUGGUCUGCUUUUAGAGCGCAAAAACAUCACAGCUGAAGGUCACAUGAGCCCCAGCAGGGAACCUCUUCCGACACUCUUCAGCAUGCUGCAUCCCUUAGAUGAAAUUGCACCUGUUGUUUGUAAGUCUACAGGUCUGUUUGAGUCACGGCUCCAGUAUGUCUCAGAUAGCGCUCUGAGAGUCGUGUUCACGUGCCUUGAGCCCUCCAUCAUCAUGACGUAUGACACGCAGCAGUGUACGCACACAGUCUGGGCUCUGCGUAAAGUCACACCUGAGGAACAGAGAACAGUGUUAAAGUGUCCCGAGCAGCCCGGGCCGGUUCACACACCCGGUGCAGCCCCCAGCCUUCUCGGCCCCCACCUAAGAAACGUAACCCGGCUGGACUUGCCCGCCUCACCCCUGCACUGUCACGCCCUACACAAUCAAAGCCGAAUCCCAGCCUCCCCCGGCCUGCACUCUCGUGUUCACUCACCCAGCAUUUCUAACAUGGCUGCUCUCAGCCGGGCUCACUCUCCUGGCAUCGCCACGCCCUCCUUCUCUGGAGCUCAGCGCUUCAACACGUCGUUCCACACUCCUUCUCCGCGAGGUCACAGCAUCCUGGCUUCACCCAACAGCACUCUAAAUGAUACCGCCCUGACGCCCGAAAUGGAGCCCAUUCCCCCAGACCUCUGCAUUGAACAGCUGUGGACAGAGACCAGUGGUACCUCCAGGGAGAAGGCCGGUCAUGCGUCUAAAGUCUUUAUCACCUCUGACCUGUGUGAGAACAGGUACCUGUGUUUCCUGAUCGAGUCCCACCAGCAGCUCAGGUGUGUCAAAUUUCUUGAGAGCAACGAAACAUCUCAGUUAAUAUUUGCAUCAGUGACCAUCAUCAGUGCAAAAGACGCUGUGCCCCUUGAGGACAUUCAUGCCAUGCUGGUGCUGGAAGCCAGUGGAAGUCUGGUCCUUUACACGGGAGUCACACGGGUCAGCAAAGUGUUUGUCCCAGGUCUUCUGUCUCCCACUUUCAGUGUACCGAAUCAUCAGCCCCAGUUAAGCACACCUUUCGAGAAUGUGAGCACUCCGGCCAGGGCUACGGUUCAGCACAUAAGUCGACUGGAGGAGGUCGGCAUGCCGUCCCCAGUGUUGGAGAUUCGAAGCUCGGCACAGCACCACGAGUCGUCAUGGAUGGAAGAGUCACCGUUUCAGCAGGCUGUUUCACACAUUCACACGCUCAGAGACGCUGUUGGCAACAAACUUACGCUGGAAUUAAGCACCGGCUCGAUGUUAAGAAUCACCAUUCCUGAGGUGGCCACUUCAGAACUGGUCAAGCGUUGCUUGCAAGCUAUCAGAUUUAUUCUUCCCAAAGACACUGCCAUGAAAGUGCUGGUCAAGUGGUACAACAGUUACAACGCCCCUGGAGGUCCCAGCAUGCACCUGGAGUGGAACCUGUUUGUGACGUGUCUAAUGACAAUGAUGGGUUACAACACAGAGCGACUGACAUGGACGCGCAAUCUUCAUUUUGAAGUGCCUCUCUCGCCAGUAAUUGCCCCUAAAAAAGCUCGUCCUGCAGAGACAGGUUCUGAUAAGGAUUGGGCAUACCUCCGUUGCUCCAACUACCACUGGCAGGUUUCCAUGCGACCUGUUGUGGCUGUUCAGGGCAUGGAGGCGGUGUCGCCCCCUGCUGGUGUGGAGAAGUAUGAGUCUCCUUUGGGUCUGGAGUCUUCUGCACUGCUCUUUCCACACAUCCCAGUUCUUUUCUACGUGCUGCACCUGCUUUAUGAAGACCUGAAACUGGACGAGCUCCAGCGAAGUGGGGCGAGAGCUCUGGUCGUCCUUCUGCAGCAGAUGGCCAAGGACCUACAGCUGGACGAAUACAUUGAUCUGUACUGGCGCGAUUACCCCUCAUUCAUCAAAACCUUCAAGGAGGCCUGCGUGAUUGAUCAAGACCAGAUGGAGUUAAUGACUUGGCCAGUGUUCUUAAAUGGAGAGGCUCCAUGUGUUUUCGGGUGGCUUAGUCGCUGUCUCAGAGGGCAAAAUGUGCUACCCUUUCCCUAUUUGCCUGGUAUCUGUCAGAGGACCAAACUACUAGUGCUGAGCUACGCCCUGUAUGUGGUUGGAGAUGAGGAUGCAAUCUCAACCAACGUGUCUAAGUACCUCUCCAAGCUAUCAGCAGGGCAAAAGAAAAACUUCAGCGAGUCUUUUCUGAGCAGGCAGAACAGCGUGAAGCUCGGUCCAUCAUCCGGCUGUUUGGCUGAGAAACUGGUGGUUUGGUUAACCUCUUCAGGAUUUACAUUGAAGGAUCUUGAGUCCGUUCCGUUUGGUGUGGCUCUGCCGAUCAGAGAUGCCAUCUACCAGUGCAGAGAACACCCCUGCUCUGAUUGGUCUGAGGAGGUCUGCGCUCUGAUUGGACGACAAGACCUGACCAAGCAAGCUCACAAAGUUACCCUAGCCAAUCGUAAAUCGGCUGUGGGUCUGAAUGUGAUGUUAGAGCCGCCAGUCACCAACGAAGCAGAUGAGGAGGAGGACGGUAUGGCGGACCUGCACCCAGAUGUCAUGGGCUUGAUCUGGAGUCAGGACCUGAGGGUACAGGAGGUCAGACGUCUACUUCAGAGCUCCAGACCUGUACGGGUCAAUGUGCCCCACCUGCCUGAAGUCAGUGACCACGAGUACAUUGAGGAGAAAGAGAACAAGCUACUACAAUUGUGUCAGCGCACCAUGGCUCUUCCUGUCGGGCGAGGGCUCUUCACUCUCUUCUCAUAUCACCCUGUGCCAACUGAACCACUCCCUGUGCCCAAACUCAACCUGACUGGUCGGGCUCCUCCUAGAAACACAAUGGUGGACUUAAACAGCGGCAACAUUGACGUGCCGCUCAACAUGACCUGCUGGCCGAGCUUCCAUAACGGAGUUGCAGCCGGAUUAAAAAUCGCUUCCGCCUCUCAAGUGGAAUCAGCCUGGAUUGCCUACAAUAAACCCAAAAGCGCUGACCUUGCCAAUGAGUACGCAGGGUUCCUCAUGGCUCUGGGCCUUAAUGGCCACCUGACCAAAUUAGCAACACUUAACAUCCAUGACUACCUCACCAAGGGUCACGAGAUGACAAGCAUCGGGCUUCUGCUAGGCGUAUCUGCUGCCAAACUAGGCACCAUGGAUAUGUCCAUCACCCGCCUGCUAAGCAUCCACAUCCCUGCGCUGCUGCCCCCCACUUCAACCGAGCUGGAUGUGCCGCACAGUGUUCAGGUGGCCGCUGUGGUCGGCAUCGGUCUGGUCUACCAGGGUACCGGACACCGGCACAACGCUGAAGUGUUGCUGGCUGAGAUCGGCCGUCCUCCGGGUCCUGAGAUGGAGUAUUGUACAGAUAGAGAGUCUUAUUCUCUAGCAGCGGGGUUGGCACUUGGCAUGGUCUGCCUUGGACACGGCAGUAAUUUGAUCGGAAUGACCGACCUCAACGUUCCCGAGCAACUCUAUCAGUAUAUGGUCGGAGGACACCGGCGAACACAUGCUGGCAUCAACAGAGAGAAACACAAGUCUCCAAGCUAUCAGAUUAAGGAAGGUGACACUAUCAAUGUGGAUGUGACCUGUCCUGGUGCAACGCUUGCCUUAGCCAUGAUCUACCUGAAAACUAAUAAUAGGUCUAUUGCUGAAUGGUUGAAAGCCCCUGACACCAUGUUCCUGCUGGACUUCAUUAAACCCGAGUUUCUGCUGUUAAGGACGCUGGCCAGAUGUCUGAUCAUGUGGGAUGAGAUCUUUCCCAAUGCAGACUGGGUGAAAAGCAACGUCCCUCAGAUUAUCCAAGAGAACAUUGGAAACCAGGACCAGGCGGCCGUCUCUGAAGAUCUCAACAUGGAGACUUUAGUACAAGCUCAUGACUAUAUUAUCGCUGGAGGCUGUCUGGCCGUUGGGUUUCGGUUUGCUGGGUCUGCAAAUUCAGAUGCAUUUGAAUGCCUGUACAAAUUUGCCCGCAACUUCAUGCAGUGUCUGACAACGUCUACAGCUACCGUGACCGGACAGUAUAACCUGCAGACGUGUCUGAGUAUGGUCCUCCUGGCCGUUUCAAUGGUCAUGUCCGGUUCGGGGAACUUGAAAGUGUUGCAGCUGUGUCGAUUCCUCCAUAAACGCACCUUUGGUGAGAUGAACUACGGCUUCCACAUGGCCCAUCACAUGGCUUUGGGUCUGCUCUUCCUGGGCGGAGGAAGGUACACGCUCAGCACUUCCAACUCGGCUAUUGCCGCUCUCCUUUGUGCACUUUAUCCUCAUUUUCCGGCUCACAGCACUGAUAACAGGUAUCACCUUCAGGCUUUACGGCACCUGGUUGUCCUCGCUGCAGAAGCUCGCCUGCUGGUUCCUGUAGACGUGGACACGCUGAAACCCUGCUAUGCUCUGCUAGAUGUCACCUACAAGGAGACGCAGUGGUACGAGGAGACCACCGUUGAGUUAAUGGCUCCCACUAUGCUGCCUGAACUUCAUCUUCUUAAACGGAUUAUGGUGAAAGGUCCAAGAUAUUGGGAGCUGAACAUUGACAUCAGCAAAGGAACCCAACACCUACAAUCAAUUCUCUCCAGAGAUGGCGUUCUGUAUGUAAAGCUUCGGGCGGGACAACUCCCAUACAAAGACGAUCCACAUGGCUGGAAGAGUCUUCUGGCUCCCAACCUCAACAACAGAAACCCUGAAGCUCACACAUUUAAGCCCGAGGCCAUCUCAACCUUCACCUCAGACGCGGCUUUGGUCUCCUUCGCCGAAUACUUCUGCAGAGCCUCGGAAAACAUGAAGCAUAAGCGGGAGACAGUGGCUUUAUUGUCAGCAAUUCUGUACGAAUGUGUAACACAGGAAAACCCAGAAAUGCUGCCGACACACAUCUCUAUUGACCAGGCCGUGCGCACUCUUGAAAGGGACGAUCUUUGCGAAACGUUCAGUCUUUGGCAGAUGAAGUUGGUUCUGGAAGUUUGUGAGAGCAGAGUUUUGCAGCAGAGACUCAGAGAGGAACCCGGUCGCGGCCUACUGCUCACUUCCGAGUUUCUUCCCGUCAUGAAGAGCUCAGCAGAUCGAACCCUGGAUCGCUGGCUCUGUGAUAACAGCGGGGUACUGCAGGCGUACUUAAAAGGGCAGCCAAUAAACAACGAUAGUGAUGUCAACAUGCUUGCCUGCUUUUUGGUCUACCAUUCCAUUCCCAGUCUCAGGAAAAUUAUGGCCUCUGAUCUUGAAGGAUGUUCCUGUUUUCCAGAGUUGCUCCUCAAGAGCAGUCAGUUGGGCGUUCCUGUCCGUGCUCUGCUGCGCUUGAGUCCACUUCUUCUGCAGAAUCACAUUUCUUGAGUUCAGACACAUCUAAAAACUUCUGAAAUCCGAACAAACCACCGACUUACAGAAACCUGCUGUAGCCUCAACACUUUGUGUCGACUUUUAACAUGUAUGUAUUAUGUGAAAAUGAUAUCAUUCUGUGUCUUGUGAACGUGAGUAUGCACAGAUGCUCUUUAGAAGCAUAGCUAGUCAUCUGUUUUCAAAUGUAAAUAGUUUGUAUCUAUAUUUGUACUUAUGAGGCCAUAAAUAUAACUUGAAGGAAUGUUUUGAUAAAAUAUGCAUGAAUUUGUACUAAACAUUACUUCUUGUCUGGUUUUGUCAGAGGUGUCUAGUAUUGUUUUUCUACAACGGACAUAAAUGAUAGAUUUAAAGAGCACCAAUUAUCUGAUUUAUACAUUUCAUUUGGUGUGUAAGUGUGUGUUAGUACAUGUAAAGAUAUGCAAAAGGUACAAACCCCAAAGUAAACGAUGACACAAGUUAUCAUAUCCAACGUAAAUCUCUUUUCUUGGACUACAACAAACACACAGAUUGUAGGCAACAGUUUACUUCCUGGGAUUGGUGAUGUAGAGAAGACCGGCAUUAUCAUAAUUCCUCCCGCUUGGACUCACAGCCUGUUAGUUAACUCCUGUUAGCAUUGCAUUGUGAUUGAAUCUUUCAAACAUGGUAAGAAGCGUCACAUUUCCAGCUGACGUCAGAUGAAUUCAGGCCAAUCGCAAUGUACAGAUUAGCUGGCCAAUCAGGGACACAGAGCUUUUCAAAUUGAUGAGUUUUGUACAAAAUCCAUGUGUUUCAGUAAGAGAAGGAAAUCUAGAGUAUUUUAUAUGAAAAUAAUCUGUUUUUUGAACCCUAAACCACGCGAACACAUUGUAUACCAAAUACACACAAUAACGUUGUUUUUGGCAAUGAAAUAGGUGCCGUUUAAAGGUGCUGUGUGUAGAUUUGAGGAAUCUAGUGGUGAGAUUUUGAAUUGCAACCAACGGCUUAGUCCACCGCUCACCCCUACCUUUCAAAACGUGUAGGGAAGCUAUUAGAGGUCUUCACGCGUCCACUUAGAUCCGAAAACCCGAGGUCCGACCCGAGACCCGAUCGGGUUCGGGUCUAAAAGUUUCACAUGUGCCUCGGACACGGGUCGGGUACAAUAAUAGCGGCAUCGGGUCUCGGGUAAUUUAAAAAUGAAUGUGUUUUUUCUGAACGGACCCGAGAAGACCCGAACUCUCUCGCCUGUGUGCGUCAAUGUCCUUUUCAAACCUCUCAUCUGUUUGCCAAGAGCGCUUGCGACAUUGUGUGGUUGUCGGAAGGUUCAU